UCCUCUCGCGUACUGCACGCUCGUUUUCUCUCUCUCUCUCUCUCUCUCCUAACUUCUGAGCCUCAGAAUCUCCGGUUCAAUUCUUUUAAGCUGUGUUGGAUUCCGGCUCAAUUGCAAUUCUGUAACAUAUCUGCUUUAUCAACAGCAACUUUUGCCAGAUUAUAGGCUACUUUCACUGAAUUUCCCGGUUGAAAUUUCUGGCAGUAUCGUUCUGAAUUUCAAACACUCGCAUAAAAUUCUUGUCUAAUUCUGGGGUUUCCGAUCAUUUCCUGGCUAAUCUUAAGGUAGGAGUUCUGGCUAGCGGAUUUAGUUGAUUGGUUGAAGCUCAGGGUUUACAUCUGACUCAGUCAUUAAGGCUUCUGCCACCUUCCGGUAACCCGUCCUAGUGAAGAUUUCGAGUUCCUUGCAAGAUUUCAGCUGUUUCAGCGAAUAUCAACCUAAUCUUUAAACAGUGGCCAUUAUCAGUAAUUGUGCGGUCGAGAAGUACACCUCCAGCAAUUAUCUUGAGCCUCCGAUCAAGUUUUCGGAGUUUGAUAGCGGUUUCGCCGGUCAAAGUUGAAGUUUCCGGUGGAAAAAUUUCAUCAUCUUAGGCUCUCUGCAAUGCUGAGUGUCGAUAUCCGUGUGAGCGGAAGGUAGAGGGAAGGAUGAUGACCGACUACAAAAGAAGACCCGAAUCUGUUGACGAAGGCAGCCUUACUUGUAGUGAAGCGAAGAGACAGAAGACUGAUUUCUCUAUCUCCCCAAAGGAGAGGAAAGAAAAAUUUGGAGAGCGAAUUGCAGCUCUGCAGCAGCUUGUCUCACCGUUUGGGAAGACAGAUACAGCUUCUGUCCUUUUGGAGGCAAUGGAAUACAUCAAAUUCCUUCACGAUCAAGUUCAGGUCCUAAGCGCACCAUACCUCCGGAGUACAAGGAAAAUACAGGAAUCGGAACAAUACAGCCUAAGUAGCAGAGGCUUAUGCCUUGUGCCAAUCUCUCGUACUCUCAGCGUUGUGCGCAGUAACGGUGCGGACAUCUGGGCUCCCAUCAAGGCCAGCUCUCCAAGCUCUAAAAUGCCGAGACCCAAUUUCAUCGAUAUGGUAUCUACUGGAAUUUCAAGGCAAGCCUAAAAAGAGUAUACUCGAUGCACCUACUUUUUCAUCGACUCAAGUAGAAACCAAAUUUUGGCAUGUUAUGCAUUGAAUCCUUGGGUACAGAAAAAUCACCAACCGGUUAAUCCAGUGAAGUUUUUUUUUUUUACUCCAAACUCUACUCGAGGUGGAGGGGUGGCUAAUCCGAAAAAGCUUUCUAAUUUGGAGCCAAUUGGGAGUAUUAUCAUGUCAUUUAUAUUCCUCUGUUGUACUAAUUUAAAAUCUUGAAAUGUAAUCAAUGAUAACACAAGGGCUAAUUGUUACAUUAGUUGUAACUAGGUAGUGCUCUGUUGCUUUGUGUGUUUUGGCAUUUACGGCAUGGUUAAGAUCAAGGUGAAGUAUCAGUAUUACAUAUCAUAUCUGUAAGCUUGAAAAUGGAUAAGUAUCUCACUAUGCUUGAAAAUGGAUAAGUAUCAGUAUUACAUGAUAGAAA